CCCGCUUGGCCGCUUGGUCAAGGCCGGCUGGCCGGCCGGGCCACCCGGGCGGGCAGGUACCCAAUACAAUCACAAGUCACGUUGCGCUGUGUACACGUGCUCCUGCUAUACAUUGCCCCUCCUGUUCCUCUCAACAGCCACCGUCACCGCCGGCCCUCUCGCUCUACAGUGACGCAGCAGCCGCGCCGUGCCCCUACACAUCUCGCCCUCUCUCCCUCUCUCUCUCCCUCUCUCUCCCUCUCUCUAAAGCGUGUGCGCGUGUGGGUGUGCCUGUGAGGCGUGUGAGUCGUCUGUGACCGACUGACUCCGGUGGCAGGCUAACUGGCGCGCGCGCACGCACACCCUCGCGGCUUUCUUGGAGCGUUGCGAGAGAAUCGAUCAUCGGAUCGCAUCAGUUCAGCUCGCUUCACUUUCAGAUCGACGACGACCGCCGGCGGCUAGCUGCCUGAUUCGCUUGCCGCCAUUGCCGGCGAGCGCGAGCGCGCUCUAGCUCCAGGCCUCCGACCGAGAGCUUCGGGCGGCCGGGAGCGAGCGAGCCAGCAGCUCGCCUCUGCGCCACGACAGCCGCGUCGUGCUUGCCGUUUUUGCGGCUGCUGGAUCGAGCGGGCUGAGCGUGCGACCUCUUCUUCCUCCGCAGCGAUGGGCGACGAGGGCUGCCGGAGACUACGGGUGGGGCGCCGGCGCCGCUGCAGCGACGCCGCGCUGCUCGCCGCCGUCCUCCUCGCCGCCGCCAUGGUUGUAACGGCGGCAGGCCGGCCGAUCCGUCUGCCAGCGGCGGCGCUGGCGAGGAGGCGAAUCGACUCGUCGACGGCGGUGACGGCGGCCACCACCAGGAUCAGCGGCACGUGGACGGCGGACGCCGCCGCGUUCCCGGCAGCUCGGCGGCGGUGGCUGGUGGGUCCGGGGUCGUCCCCGCCGACGUGCCGGGGGCGGUGCGGGCGGUGCGCGCCGUGCCGGCCGACCCGGGUGGCGAUCCAGCCCGGCGUCGGGCCACAGUGGGAGUACUACCCGGAGGUGUGGCGCUGCAAGUGCGGCAACAAGCUCUUCAUGCCGUGACCGGCCGGCGUAGUACGACGUGGACGGCCGGCGGGUCGACACGCCCGGCCGGCCGGGUUUCAAUUCUUGCGAACAAAGCUAGUGCCGGUAGUUUUGCAAAGGGUACCUACCUCUACGUACAAAAGGAAGAGAGGAAGAAAGGGACGAUUGGUUAGGUAACUAGCUAGCUAGGCGUGCGUGAUGUGUCUGUCUGUAUGUAUGUAUAUGCAAAUCAAGAUCUUAUUAACUGCUUCUACAUGUUAUUGUUCUUCAUUUUCCCCCCCUCUUUUUCUUGAACAGAAUGCUCUUGUAAUUAUGUUAUUAUGUUGCAGUACUUGUACAUGGGUCUCUAUAUUUGUUCGUUA